GUUUUGGAUCAAACUUUCAGAGUCAAACUAACAUGGACGCCACUGCCAAUGCCGCCGGCGUGUGUGCGCGUCAAAGCGCCAAGCUCGAAGAGUUGAUGAACUACCUUCAGUUUGCUGCGCUGGACAUUCCGAGCCGCUUCAGAGGCAGGGUCGUGUUUUCUUUCCUAAAUGCAAGUCGCGACGUGGUCUGCGUCCGCACUGUCGAUACCACUUCACGCGUCCGCGUGUAUGCAUCGCGACCGUCGCCAGAGACAAGCACCGUAGACGUUGCGCUGACGAUCUGUGACUUCCUUCUCAUGUACAGUGGGGAGCUGACGGCCGCCGAAAUUGCUGGCUUAUGCAUGUCGGGCAAGGUCCAACUGCGAUGGACAGCGUACGGGAGCUUGAAGUCGUUUGCCGACUCGUUCGAUUUUUCCGUGGAGAAGUGGGCUGCCUUCUACGCCCACUUCGGCUUGGACCCCGACUAUGUCGACCAGAUCCAGUGCCACCUUCCAUGCUGCGCGGCGCCGCCACCGUUGACGGACGAGCAGAUCGACGCCAACUGGAACAUGGUCUGCGACUCCAUGUUGAUUCCUGCCGCUUGCCAGGGGCUCGACUGGCAGUUAGUCACGUCCAUGGAGGUCUCGCUGGUGCCGCAGUCGCCGCCGCCGCCGGUGACGUCGUCGCCAUCGUCGUCGGACGUUCCGUGGUACGAACGGCUGCAUUUGGUUCAAGUCCAAGACACGGUCAAGCGCAAGAUGGUCAACCUGAAAGAAUACGCGGAAAAGUUGCUCGUCGAAUCCCUCGAUGCUGUCGCGUGAUGAACGUCCGGUUAAAUUUUAUUUUAUAUAUAUACAUACAUGUAUACUAUCAAUACUAUUAAUAGUAGGACUAACUGUUAUUGUCAAAUCGA